AUGUUUGUGAGAAUGAAAAUGUAUGGGGGUACUGAGAAAGGAAAAGCUCUGGAAUUAUAUGGAAAUGACUUGACCAAACUAGCUGCAAGUGGAAAACUUGAUCCAGUCAUUGGACGUGAAGAAGAGAUUCGUCGUACUAUUCAAGUCUUGUCUCGUAGAACAAAGAAUAACCCUGUCCUCAUCGGAGAAGCUGGUGUGGGAAAGACUAGUAUUGCAGAAGGUCUUGCUCAGCGUAUUGUCAAUGGAGAGGUCCCAGAAUCAAUCAAAGAUAAAAAAGUCAUCUCAUUGGAUCUAGGUGCUCUUGUUGCAGGAGCAAAAUAUAGGGGUGAAUUUGAAGAGCGUUUGAAAGCUGUUCUAGCUGAUGUGAUGGAUCAGGAAGGCAAGAUCAUCUUGUUCAUCGAUGAAUUACAUAUGCUCCUAGGGCUUGGCAAGUCUGAAGGCGCCAUGGACGCCGGAAAUAUGCUGAAGCCUGCUUUGGCCCGAGGCCAGCUGCACUGUUGUGGUGCAACGACAAUUGAUGAAUACCGCAAGUACAUCGAGAAAGAUCCAGCAUUGGCUCGUCGUUUCCAGUCUGUAAUGGUAGAAGAACCUACUGUUGAGGACACGAUUUCGAUCCUGCGUGGACUCAAGGAACGUUAUGAGGUUCACCACGGAGUCCGGAUCGCUGACUCUGCACUCGUAGCAGCAGCAGUCCAGAGUCACCGAUAUAUUACUAACCGGUUCUUACCGGACAAGGCCAUUGACUUGGUAGACGAGGCUUGCUCCAAGCUUCGACUACAACAAGAAAGCAAACCAGAUGUGAUCGAGAGCCUGGAUCGCAGUAUUGUCACCAUGGAAAUUGAGUUGGAGAGUUUGAAGAAGGAAACUGAUCCGCUCUCAGUUUCGAGACGCACCAAACUUGAAGAAGAUCUAGAACUCAAGAAGAAAGAAUCAGAACGGUUGACCAGUAUCUGGCAAGAAGAGAGAGAAAAGUUGAACAAGAUCAAGAGCACCAAGGCUGAGUUGGAGCAAGCUCGCAUUGAUUUAGAGGCAGCUCAACGCAGGGGUGACUUCACAAGGGCUUCUGAACUUCGUUAUGGAGUCAUUCCGAAAUUGGAGGCACAGCUUCCCAAAGAGGAAAGGGUCCCUGUCAACGGCUCAGAAAGCAGCAUUGUUGCCAUGGAGCAGGCUGAGAAUGCAGAUGAGAGACCGAUGGGACCUUUGGGAACUCAGGAAGAAGUUGAGAGUUUGAUUCAUGAACGUGUUACAGCAGAUGAUAUCUCACGCGUCGUUGCAAGAAUGACAGGCAUUCCUGUUCAGAACCUACUAAGAGGCGAAAAAGAACGUCUACUGGGAAUGGAAAAGGCCCUUCACGAGCGGGUGGUGGGCCAGGAUGAAGCUAUUUCUGCCGUCUCCGAGGCCGUGCGUCUAAGCCGUGCUGGCCUCUCAAGCCCCACUCGUCCCAUUGCAUCAUUCAUGUUCCUUGGACCUACAGGUGUCGGAAAGACCGAAUUAUGCAAGGCCAUCGCCAAGUUCUUGUUUGAUACAGAAAAUGCAAUUGUGCGCAUUGACAUGUCUGAGUACAUGGAGAAAUUCUCGACCUCUCGUUUGAUUGGCGCUCCACCUGGUUAUGUUGGUCACGAAGAGGGCGGAGAGCUGACAGAGGCGAUCCGUCGUAAGCCAUAUUCUGUGAUUCUACUGGAUGAGAUUGAGAAGGCUCACAAGGAUGUCUUCAACUUGAUGCUUCAGGUCUUGGACGAUGGUCGUUUGACGGAUUCACAGGGCCGUACCAUUGAUUUUAGGAACACGAUCAUCAUCAUGACUUCGAAUCUGGGAGCAGAGAUGUUAGCCAUUGCUGAAGAUGAUGCCUCGGCUAGAACCCCUUCAUCCGUCAGUAAACUAGCCAAACGCAAGGAGAAGAAGGAUGAGAGCAAAGUCACGGAUGCAGAGAAGGAAGGAGUUAUGCAGGUGGUGAGACAUCAUUUCGCGCCCGAGUUCAUUAAUCGUGUCGAUGAUAUGGUGGUCUUCAACCGUUUAUCGCACAGUGCCAUUCGUGACAUUGUGGAUGUUCGUCUACGCGAGGUUCAGGCUCGUUUGGAGGACCGACGUAUCAAGAUCAAUGCAGAUGCACAGGCUAAGGAAUGGCUCGCUGACCGCGGAUACAGUUCUGCGUAUGGCGCUCGUCCAUUGAACCGUGUUAUCCAGAAACAACUACUCCAGCCUCUGGCCAAAUUAAUUAUCGAGGGCAAGGUCAAAGUUGGAGAAGAGAUUGGCAUCACAGUCGAGAACGAUAACUUGACAAUUGUCACUCCUUCAGGCAAGAAUUGGUAG